ACACUGCUCAUGCAGCUAAAGAGAAAGCAGCCAAAGAAGCUAAAAAAGCUAAGGAGAAGGGCAGUGGUUUCCUGUCUGGUUUGUUCAAGGGAGUAAAACAUGCAGCUGACGAAGUUUCCGAGGAUGUCAAUGAGUUCCUUGAUGAGACGAAGAAAGAGGCAGCUGACGAAGAAGCCAGAGCAAAGAAGGCAGCAGCAGAAGCCGGGAAAGAAAUACAGGCAGCAAAAGAUAAGGUAGCGUCCUCCGUUAAAGAUGGCACAGAGAAGGUCAGCGAGACACUUUCUCAUGGUGUGGAGAAACUAACUGACACUGGGAAGGCUGUCACAGAAACAGUAACGGAUGGUGCAAAGGAAGCUGGUUCUAAAGUGCAAGAAGUAGCUCACAGCGCGGCUGUAGGAGCGAAGGAUGCAAAGGAUAAAGUGACCAAAGAAAUCAAAGAAGAUGCUGAUGCAGUGAAACACAAGGUUUCAUCAGGAAUUGAUACUGCUGCCGAUACUGCACAUGCUGCGAAAGAUAAGGCUGCCAAGGAAGCUAAAAAGGCCAAGGAGAAAGGAAGUGGCUUCCUAUCCGGUCUAUUUAAGGGAGCAAAGCACGCUGCUGGCGACGUGACUGGUGACGUAAAGGAGUUCCUUGAUGAAACGAAGAAAGAGGCGGCAGAAGAAGAGGCACGUGCGCGCGAGGGCGCAGCAGAAACCGUAAAAGACAUAGAGACAACUAAAGACAAACUAAUAUCUGGUGUGAAAGAUUCUAAGGAUAAGGUUGCAGCCGCUACCAAGGAUGCUAAGGAUAAAGUAAGCGAGAAAGUAUCGGAUGGAGUACAGAAGGUCACAGACGCAGGAAUAGCUACUGGUGAAAAAAUAGCAGAAGGUGCAAUGACGCUCGAAGCCAAGGCUCAUGCAACUACUCAAGAGGUAGUUGACGGAGCUAAAAGGACGAAAGACAAAACUGUUUCAGGUCUGAAGGACGCCAAAGACAAAGUCGGCGAAACAAUAUCUCGUGGAGUAGAGAAGGUAACUGACACCGGAAAAGCUGUCAGAGACGCAGUGUCGGAUGGAGCGAAGAAAACAGGUGAAAAAGUACAAGAUGCUGCCCAAGGAGUUGCUGUAGGGGCAAGGGAUGCAAAGGAUAAAGUGUCCAAAGAACUCAAAGAAGACGGUGAAGCAAUUAAACACAAGGUUUCAUCAGGAAUUGAUGCUACUGCCGAGACUGCAAUCGCAGCGAAGGAUAAAGCAGCCAAGGAAGCUAAAAAAGCUAAAGAAAAGACCGGUGGAUUCCUGUCUGGAUUAUUCAAGGGUGCUAAGCAUGCAGCUGAUGAAGUGACAGAUGACAUGAAAGAGUUCCUCGAUGAGACGAAGAAAGAGGCCGCAGAGGAAGAAGCCAGAGCAAACAAAGCAGCAGCAGAUGCCGAAAAAGAAUUAGAGACAGCAAAAGACAAAGUAGUGUCUGGCGUGAAAGAUUCUAAAGAUAAAGUUGCAGCAGCUGCGAAGGAUGUCAAGGGCAAAGUGAGCGAGAAAAUAUCAGACGGUGUGCAAAUGGUUUCCGAUGCAGGUAAAACAGCAGGAGAAAAAUUAGCUGAUGGUGCAAAGGCUGUUGAGUCCAAGACUGAAGCAGCUGUUCAAGGUAUCGCUGAUGGAGCUGAAAAAGCGAAGGACAAAGCUGUAACAGGAUUAAAGGAUGCUAAAGACAAAUUGGAAACUUCUGCAAAAGACACUAAAGACAAAAUCAGCGAGACAGUAUCUGAUGGGGUCGAAAAAGUAACUGACACUGGGAAGGCAGUCACAGAAACAGUAACGGAUGGGGCAAAGAAAGUUGGUUCGAAAGUACAGGAAGCAGCUCAUGGUGUAGCAGUGGGAGCAAAGGAUGCAAAGGAUAAAGUGGCUAAAGAAAUCAAAGAAGAUGCUGACGCAGUGAAACACAAGGUUUCAUCUGGUAUUGAUGCUGCUGCAGACACUGCUCAUGCAACUAAAGAUAAAGCUGCGAAGGAAGCCAAGAAGGUUAAAGAAAAGGGUAGCGGUUUUCUUUCUGGUUUAUUCAAAGGUGCAAAACAUACUGCCGAAGAAGUGACCGGGGAUGUAAAGGAUUUCCUCGAUGAAACGAAAAGGGAAGCGUCAGAGGAAAAGGCUCGUGCCCUUGAAGCAGCAGCUGAUACCGCUAAGGAUGUAGAGGCAGCGAAGGACAAAGCAGUCUCUGGUGUAAAAGAGUCUAAGGAUAAGGUUGUAACUGCUGCCAAGGAUGCCAAAGAAAAAGUAAGCGAAAAAGUAUCCGAAGGUGUGCAAAAGAUAUCCGAUGCCGGAAAAGUUACAGGCGAGAAAUUGGUUGAUGGUGCGAAGGCAGUGGAAUCCAAAGUUCAAGCGGGUGUGGAAGAUGUGACUGAUGGAGCCGUCAAGGCAAAAGACAAAGCAGUAGCAGGUUUAAAAGAUGCUAAGAACAAAUUGGAAACAUCGGUAAAAGACACCAAAGAUAAAAUCAGCGAGACAGCAUCUCAUGGUGUUGAAAAGGUGAGUGACACUGGAAGGGCUGUCAGUGAUGCAAUGUCAAACAGUGUUACGAAAGCAGGUUCAAAAGUUGAGGAAGUUGCUCACGAUGUGGCAACAGGAGCAAAAGACGCGAAGGAUAAGGUGUCUCAAGAAAUUAAAGAGGAUGCGGAGACAGUCAAGCACAAGGUUUCAUCUGGUAUCGAUACUGCUGCUGGCAGUGCGCAUGCAGCUAAGGAGAAAGCUGCCAAAGAGGCUAAGAAAGCUAAAGAGAAAGGCAGUGGCUUUUUGUCUGGAUUAUUCAAAGGUGUAAAGCACGCAGCUGAUGACGUUUCCGAGGAUAUGAAAGAGUUCCUCGAUGAAACGAAGAAGGAGGCCGCAGAGGAAGAGGCUCGUGUCCGUGAAGCAGCAGGGGAUACAAUGAAAGAAAUGAAAACUGCAAAGGAGAAAGUAAUAUCUGGUGUGAAGGAUUCCAAGGACAAAGUUGCAGCCGUGGCAAAGGACGCCAAGGAUAAAGUUAGCGACAAAGUAUCGGAAGGAGUACAGAAGGUUUCCGACGCUGGAAAAGUUACAGGUGAAAAGAUAGCAGAGGGUGCAAAGGCAGUGGAAUUGAAGGCUCAAGCAGCUGCCCACGAUGUAGCUGAUGGAGCUGAAAAAACGAAGGAUAAAGCUGUUACAGGUUUGAAAGACGCUAAGGACAAAAUUGAAUCUUCAGUAAAAGACACCAAAGAAAAAGUCAGCGAGACGGUAGCUCAUGGAGUGGAAAAGGUUGCAGAUUCUGGCAAAGCUAUAACAGGUGCAGUCUCAGAUGGUGUAAACAAAGCUGAGUCAAAAGUGCAAGAAACUACUCGUGGUGUAGCAGACGGAGUAAAAGAUGCCAAGGAUAAGGUGUCGAAAGAGAUUAAGGAAGAUACUGACGCAAUAAAGCACAAGGUUUCGUCUGGAAUUGAUUCUGCUGCAGACAGUGCGCAUGCAGCAAAGGAUAAAGCAGCUAAAGAAGCUAAGAAAGCUAAAGAGAAGGGCAGUGGUUUUCUAUCUGGGCUGUUCAAGGGUGUAAAGCACGCUGUCGAUGAAGUUUCCGAAGAUGUCACAGAGUUCCUUGACGAAACAAAGAAGGAAGCGGCUGAUGAAGAAGCUCGUGCUCGUGCGGCAGCAGCAGAAGCCGAAAAGGAACUAGACGCAGCAAAGGAUAAAGUAGUAUCUGGUGCGAAAGAUUCUAAAGAUAAAGUUGCUUCAGCUGCGAAGGAUGUCAAAGACAAAGUAGUAUCCUCUGUCAAAGAUGGCAAGGAAAAAGUCAGCGAGGCAGUAAAAGAUGGAGUUCAAAAGGCGACUGAUGCUGGCAAAGCUGUCACGGAUUCCGUGUCUGAAAGUGCAAAGAAGGCAGGAGAAAAAGUGCAAGAUGCUGCUGAUGGUAUAGCUGCAGGAGCUAAGGACGCAAAGGAUAAAGUCUCCAAGGAAAUUAAGGAAGAUACCGAAGCAGUAAAAGCAAAGGUUUCGUCAGGAAUUGAUGCAGCUGCUGACAGUGCGCAUGCUGCGAAAGAUAAAGCAGCUAAGGAAGCCAAAAAGGCUAAAGAAAAAGGAAGUGGCUUCCUGUCUGGUCUAUUCAAGGGUGCCAAACAUUCGGCCGAUGAGGUAACAGACGACGUAAAAGAGUUUCUCGAUAAAACAAAGAGAGAAGCUGCAGAGGAAGAGGCUCGUUCACGCGAAGCCGCAGCGGAAACCAUGAGAGACAUGGAAGCAGCGAAGGACAAAGUAGUAUCUGGCGUGAAAGAUUCUAAGGACAAAGUUACGGGAGCUGCAAAGGACGCCAAAGACAAA